CAAUCCUUGAAGUGUUUUGAGCAAUCAAAUUCCCAAACUAAAACCUCUUCAAAAUCCUAAAGCCCAAAACACUAAAACAGAAGAAAAUGUCUUGCUGCGGAGGAAACUGUGGCUGCGGUUCUGGCUGCGGCUGCGGCAGCAGCUGCAAAGGAUGUGGCAUGUACCCUGACAUUUCAGAGAGCACCAGAACUGAGACCCUCAUUGCAGGAACUGAGACCCUCAUUGCAGGAGUUGCACCCUCCAAGAAGUUGAAUGAGAGUUCUGAGAUGAGCUUUGGAGCUGAGGGUGGUCAUGGCUGCAAGUGUGGAUCAAACUGCAGCUGUGAUCCAUGCAACGCAACUGCUAAUGAGAAACCAGAAGGGAAAAGGCUCCAACAAAGCAGUUAUUAGUCUUGGCCUUUUAUGGUUAAUCAGUUGAAUUAUGUGUAAUAAUCCAUGUUUGGUGUAAAUAAAAGAAGCCAUGGGUACCUUCUCAAACCCUGUCAUGUGGGAUUUGAUUUCCUGUUGUUUCUUGUUUUAUGUAUUGUCUUGAACUUUUGCUUUGUUGUUCUUUAAGGAGCCUAUUGUGUUAUUUUGGAAGGGGAACUUCAAUUAUGAUAUUGCUAUUAAAUGGUUAAUAUAUCUCCUUUCAUUGUUGUCUA